CAGGUGGCAUGCAAUUACGACGAUAGUUCGCCGAACUUAGAUAUUAAUGUCGUACUAAAUCCAUUGGAUGCGACAGCACAUUGGAAGAUAUCACCAAAUGGAUUAGAAAUACGGAAUGAUAAUUCAACGUUCGAAUCCAUUCGUGCCACGAUCAAUGUCACCGCGGGAAAAUGGUUCUACGAAGUAACAAUACUAACAAACGGGAUCAUGCAAAGGAAGGGACGGGGGGUCGGCGAUGAUCAGUAUGGAUUUGCGUACGAUGGAUGUAGAAACGUUCUUUGGGCUAAUGGUGUUUCUCAGGAAUAUGGUGGCAAAGAGUCGUGGAAACCGGGCGACGUGAUUGGUGUCUUUAUGGAUGUCAGUCUUAGUUGUGUCCGAUUUUUCCUGAAUGGGAAAGACCUUGGUGUAAUUUAUCCUCUGACUUUAAACCAUUUUCGAAGAUUAGCGGAAAACGGGCUUUACCCUACUUUGUCAUUCACAUCCUAUCAACAGGCAGUCGUUAACUUUGGCGCAAAAAAGUUUAG